UCUUGCAGGGAUCAGCAUCUCCGGCGGCCUCGAGUCACGGGCACAGCCCAUGGAGAUCGAGAAGAUCUUCCCCGGAGGAGCUGCCUUCCUCAGCGGCAUCCUCAAGGCUGGGCACGAGCUGGUGUCGGUGGACGGGGAGAGCCUGGAGAACGUCACGCAUCAGCGGGCCGUGGACGUCAUCCGCCAGGCCUACCGCAACAAAGCCAAGGAGCCCAUGGAGCCGGGUGCCCGUGGCCCCCCCAGAGUGAUGCUGCACCCCCCCCCAGAAGCUUUCCCACGCCCCAGAGGAGCCCGCUCAUUCCUGCACCGAGCAGUGACUGCUCUCAGUGCAGCAGGGAAAGGGGCGCAAGCGCUGGAGCACCGCAUGGGCCUGGGCACGGCAGAGCAGCCCACAGCACGACCCACACAGGAGCACCCAGAGGCAGGUUAG